GUAUGACUUAUGACCUCCAUUGUAACUUUCCUUUGUGGUCUGAUCAGCCUCAUUGGAAAGCCAUUUGGAUGGAGAAUCUAGGGUCAUUUGCAAUACUGAUAUUAAGGUAAUUUAAUACCAAAAGGCAGUGAAAAUUACAUUAUAGUGUCAUUAUAUUUUCUCUGAUGAAUGUGGUGUGAAAAUGAGCUAGGAUAAGUUUUAAUUAUGGUAGACUCAUGUUAAGUAUUUGGGACAUAUUUUGAGCCAACAGGGCUGGGAAGAAAUUGAGAUAUUUGUGUUUGGUUUUAACACCUGUGUAUACGAGGGUGCCAGUGUACCUGUGUAAUGGGGGAGGGUGUCCAUAUGGGGAUUACAUGAUAACCAAUUUAGGACAGUUCUGGGAUUGGAGAAGAGGGUAUCCUUAGAGCAUAGGGGAUCCCACAAAGGUGGAUAGUUUUUCCAUGAUAUGGGGGAAACCUGGGAGCACUGUUGAACUCUGUAAAGGUGAUGACAUCCUACUAACCAUCAAAACUAUUAAGCUCUCUGAUGCAGGCACUUACACCCUCGGACUACAAAGGACCGGGACAGACACGAUGGGUGUGUUUUCUAUUAAGGUGCUGCCAAAACCACAGAGGUCCCAGACGAACUUGAGCCAGACACACUCCUCUUCCACCCCUGGACCGAGCCUGCCACCCACCACCACUGUGUCAAAUCCCAUUCAGGUAAUUAACGUUAGAGACUAUUCAGCUAUUGAUCAAUUAGGCACCGAGACUGGUUUUGAUGGUAGGGACAAUUUGUGGCUGUCUUAUAUGAGGUAUACAGCUAAGACCCUGAAAAGAAAGGACUGCAUUGUAUGUGGUCAUGCUAGACCUGUUCUGGCUACACACCCAUUUGCUAUAGGAGAAGGAGAGGGGUGCUUGUGUAUUCUGAGAAGUUUUUACCAGGAUAAGCCCAAUUCAACCCUCUGUUCCUCUUUGAGCCUUGUGUUUCCUACAAUAUCUCCUCAUCGGGCCCCUUGGGGUGUUAAGGCAUAUGGGGGCAAUUACAGUUGCAUCACGGGUACAGGUAGUGGCAUGGACUAUGGGAGAUUGCCUGAAGCUGAUUGCAGCAGUAACAUAACCAUUAAUGUCACUUGGCCAGGUGCAGGUCUAAACCAAACUAGUGGUCUGGCUGAUGUGUGGUGGAUAUGUGGACCCAAAAGAGUACUGAGACCCAUUCUUAGAGGAGACUGGCAAGGUACGUGUGCUCUGACCAGUUUGAUAAUUCCACUGACCAUUGUUGAUGUUACUGCUGAACAGCUGUUGGGUUCUGUAUCCAGGGGGCCUGAAACAUUCCAUCCCAUGGGAGACAUAGACGUAGUGCUCCAUGGACGGAGGAUGUAGUUGACAGCCUCCAGUAUUUAAGCUGCAGUAGUUUAUGUGUCUGGGGGCUAGGGUCAGUUUGUUAUAUCUGGAGUACUUCUCCUGUCCUAUUCGGUGUCCUGUGUGAAUCUAAGUGUGCGUUCUCUAAUUCUCUCCUCUCUUUCUUUCUCUCUCUCGGAGGACCUGAGCCCUAGGACCAUGCCCCAGGACUACCUGACAUGAUGACUCCUUGCUGUCCCCAGUCCACCUGGCCGUGCUGCUGCUCCAGUUUCAACUGUUCUGCCUUAUUAUUAUUGACCAUGCUGGUCAUUUAUGAACAUUUGAACAUUUUGACCAUGUUCUGUUAUAAUCUCCACCCGGCACAGCCAGAAGAGGACUGGCCACCCCACAUAGCCUGGUUCCUCUCCAGGUUUCUUCCUAGGUUUUGGGCUUUCUAGGGAGUUUUUCCUAGCCACCGUGCUUCUACACCUGCAUUGCUUGCUGUUUGGGGUUUUAGGCUGGGUUUCUGUACAGCACUUUGAGAUAUCAGCUGAUGUACGAAGGGCUAUAUAAAUACAUUUGAUUUGAUUUGAUUUUACAUACACAAUAAUCUGUUGGGUGUGCCGGUGGGGGUUCCUCAUGAGUUUCAGGCCUUGGGUAGGAAUGAUGGACUCUGGCACUUACUACCUAUUAUAGGUCCAGCCAUAGUGGAUGCAAGACAGACUGCAUGGAUAAAUUAUAUCUACUAUAAUCAACAGCGUUUUGUGAAUUACUCCCGUGAUGCACUCACUGGUAUGUAUGAACAGCUGGAGGCCACAUCUAGGGUUGCCAGACAGAAUAGACUUGCUUUGGAUAUGCUUCUUGCCAGUCAGAGGGGUGUCUGUAAGAUGUUUGGUGAACAAUGUUGCACGUUUAUUCCUAAUAACACCAGUCCAGAUGGUAGUAUAUCUAAGGCCCUUAGUGGGCUUGAUGCACUAUCUGCUGAGAUGAGGACCAUGGCGGGGGUGGAGGAGUCUGGAAUGUUCUCUUGGUUGGGAGCCUGGUUUGAAGUCUGUUACAGAUGUGAAGGCUUCAGGCAUGAUGCCUUUGCUUGAUGCUCCAGUUGGAGAUGCUGAAUCAAGCUUUCAGGGGAGGAUGAGACUGACUGAGGAUGACCCAUGGUAUGCUGUGGGUGAGGUAGUAGAAUAAAUAUUAC